GACAGCAGCAGGUAACAGGAAGCAGACUUCAUCCAAGAUGUCAGAGUCCCAGCCUGAGUUAAAGUGAGCGAUGGAGAAGAAGUUCGUCCUGUGGAAGAAGCAGUGUGUGGAGAAGCUGGACGCGAGUAAGAAAGGCAGCGUGGACGAGAACAUCCAGCACGUCGUGACUCUGCUCAACAGCUGCGAGCAGUUCUUCACCACCAGCUCGUGCUCCGGGAGGAUCAUCCUCAUCGACGGGGUGCCGGGCAGCGCCGGCGUGCAGAAGCAGAACUGUGGGUGGCUGUUGGUCUGUCACAGCAGUGCAGCCCUCUCUGUGUUUCAGACGUCCAGUCUGGCCCGGGCCGAGGGGGAUGCGCUCUUAAAGUUCGAGCCGUUCGUUCUGCAUGUGCAGUGUAGGAAGCUGGAGGACGCUCAGCUGGUCCACUCGGCGGCGGUGAUCGGCUUCAGGAACUCGGGCCUCACUGUGGGAAAGACGGGGAAGAUCAUCGCGGCGGUGCGCAGCACACACGGCUUGGAGGUUCCUCUGUGCCGCCGAGGAAAGCUCGUUUCCCGUGAGUACAUCGACUUCCUGGUUCAGACGGCCAAUCAGAAAAUGGAGGAGAUGCGGCGGAUCCACAGGUUCUACCAGAACCUGGUGUCGGCCCUGCCGGCGGAGCAGCUCCAGAACCUCCAGGUCCCGGAUCCUGCCGGCCCGCCGGAGCUACAGAGCCCCCCUCUCACGGCGCAGACAGCGAGGGAGGGCCAGGAGGAGAACACGCUCUGAAAAUGUGCUUAUGAACAGCGGCGGGCGGAGAGCCUCGCCGUCAGACUGACUGUUGCCAUGGCGACAGGACUGCAGCAUGCUGGAGCUCUGGAUCCUUCCACAGGACCCGAUUGCCGUCCUGCCCGGAUCAGCGGUUUAUUCCCGC